AUGGUGCGCGACGGCAUCAUCACGCCUGUCGCCACCUCCGACUGGGCCACGCCUAUAGUGCCGGUAGUUAAAAAAGAUGGCACGAUACGGGUAUGUGCUGAUUUUAAGUUAACGCUAAAUAAAUGUUUAGAAGUGGACCACUAUCCUUUACCGAAAGUAGAAGAUUUGCUAACUAAAUUGCACGGGGGAAAUAAGUUCACUAAAUUAGACCUGUCGCAAGCUUACGCCCAGUUUGAACUGGACGAGUCCAAGAAAUAUACGGUACCGGUUCCAAAUAAUGUGGCAGAAUUACGAUCAUUCUUAGGGUUAGUGAUGUAUUACGCCAAGUUCGUACCGAAUAUAAGCACUAUACUAGCGCCUCUGUAUGCACUUUUGCGGAAAGAUGUGAAGUAUGAGUGGAGUGAUACUUGCAUGGGCGCGUUUAAUGAGGUGAAACAAAUGUUGAUUUCUGGCGAUAUAUUGGCGCAUUAUUCGCCAGAUCUUCCUCUAAUUCUUACCACUGAUGCGAGCAGUGUAGGCGUCGGCGCUGUGAUAUCUCACCUUGUGCCCGGCGCCGGCGACGCUAGCGCCACCGAGCGGCCGAUAGCGUACUCGUCGCGGGUGCUCAACGCCGCAGAGAAGUCGUAUUCACAAAUUGAGCGGGAGGCGCUUUCUAUCAUUUAUGGGGUCCGAAAAUUUCACCAAUACUUGUAUGGUAGAAGGUUUAUUCUAAGAACAGACCAUAAGCCCUUGGUGACAAUUUUCGGCGAUAAAGUAGGGGUACCCGUAAUGGCUGCUAGUCGUAUGCAAAGGUGGGCGGUGAUUUUAGCUGGUUACGAUUAUACCAUCGAGUAUGUGCGUAGUGACGGGAACGCAGCCGACGCUUUAUCUCGCUUACCGGUGGGUAAGGAGAAAAGCCAGCGUAAGGAAGUCACAUAUUUAAAUUUUAUCCAAAACUUCCUACCGAUUACGAGGAAAAUGGUUCAAGAUAACGUUAGUAAGGAUGAAGUACUAAAGAAAAUAUUCCUGUUUUUACUGUCCGGCUGGCCUACCAGUUGUGACGAUGACGCCCUAAAGCCGUAUUACCUGCGGCGCAAUGAAUUAUAUAUAGACCGGGGUUGUAUAAUUUGGGGCUAUCGACUAGUGGUUCCAGAGGCUUUGAGAAAUCACUUACUCAAAGAGUUACAUGUCGGUCAUUUAGGUAUCGUGAAAAUGAAGAGCCUCGCCCGUAGCGUGAUGUGGUGGCCUGGAAUAGAUAGGGAUAUAGAGGAGUUAGGUAAGCAGUGCACGACGUGUGCUCUAGAGGGCGCCGCGCCGCCGCGAGCGCCGCCACAGCCGUGGCCGUAUAACCCGGAGCCCUGGUCGCGAUUACAUAUUGACUUCCUAGGACCUUUUCAGGGUGAAACUUUUUUAGUCAUUAUAGACUCGGCGACGAAAUGGUUAGAAAUAUUCAAAAUGGCUAAAACUACUGCUAGGGGAGUUAUUAAAUCGCUACGGGAAACAUUUGCUCGUUUUGGGCUACCUCUAGAAAUAGUUUCGGACAACGGUCCUCCGUUCACGUCUAAGGAAUACGCAAAUUUUAUGGAAAAUAACGGCAUCAAACUGACAUUUACGCCAGCUUACCACCCAGCCUCCAAUGGUGCUGCAGAGAAUGCGGUUAAGUUAUGCAAGCGAGCCAUUAAAAAGGCACUUCGAGACGGUUGUGAUGUGGAUGAAGCUCUUCAAGCAUAUCUCAUGAUGUACAGGAACGUUGAACAUAGUUCUACAGGGUCGACCCCAGCUAUGUUGUUACAACGUAGACGACUACGAUCGAGGCUAGAUCUAUUAAGGGGUACUCGGCAGGUCGAGUCUAGGGUACACCAAGCUCAAGAUAAACAAGUGUUUAAUGCGGGAGGGAAACCUAGGGAACUUAAUGUAGGCGAUUCUGUGUGGGCGCGAGAUCACGCCGGGGGAAGCUGGUUAAGUGGUCAAGUGAAGGAGAAAGUAGGUUCCCGGAAUUUUAUUAUAGCUAGGGAAAGUGGUCCACAACUAAAAAGACAUUUAGAUCAGAUUAAAAGAAGGCGUAGCAGUUACACAGUGAACCUGUCGGAUGGAUCGGAGGCGGCGCCAGGCGGGGAAUCCGCGAUUAAUGAAACUGAGGCGGCCCAGACUUCGCGCGCGCCGGAACCUGUGGUUGAAUCCGAUCUUAAGGAACCACCUCAGCCAUCUAUAGAUACCGUGUCCCUAAACACAGUGCCCAGUCACACAGAAUGUAACGAGUCCCCUGCGGACCGACCCAAGCGUAUUCGUAAACCCGUGCAAAGAUAUGGCUUCGAGUUUGAUUAA